AUGGCUCUUGUUCAGACCACGACUUACGCCAUAUGGGAGGCCAGGAACCGUACCAAUUUCCAGCAGCAGCAGGUCAGGGUGGAUACCGUGCUUAAGCGGGUCAGCUGUUUGAUGGAGGAGGUCCAAGUGCGUGACCAGAUGAGAGCGCCAACGGUGGCCUUGCCCGCGAGGUGGAAGCCGCCAGCUACAGGUAUCAUUAAGUGCAAUUUUGAUGCUUCCUAUCACGAGAACGGCUUGAGUGGGUUGGGUAUGGUGGCCCGGAACUGUAGGGGGGAGGUGAUGGCGGCUGUAUGCUCCUAUCCCAUAUCCGCUAUCUCACCUCUUUUGGCGGAAGCAAUGAGCUUGAGGUGGACUAUGCAGCUAGCUAUUGAUCUUGGCUUCCGGAGGAUUUGUUUGGAGACAGAUUGUUUACAGCUAUAUACUUUUUGGCAAGCCAAGGAGGUUGGGCGUUCCUAUUUGAGUUCCAUUAUUAGCGAGUGUCACACAUUAUUAUGUGUUUUUGAUGUUGUUUCCUUCUCUUUUGUUAGACGCACGGGUAAUACUGUUGCGGAUUUCCUUGCCCGGACCGCUGAAACCUAUGCUGAUUUAGUUUGGGUGGAGGAGGUUCCGGAUGCUGCUUUAGCUUAUGUUGUUUCAGAUGUUAUGUCUUGUUUGCCGAAUGGCUUUUAA